GUGGGUAGCGGCGGCGGCGGCGGCCGUAGCCGUCGCCGCCGGGGGGCGGGGAGCCCCGGCCACUGAGCCCCUCCCUGGGUUGGGGCUCGGCGGAGACUCCGGGCGGCUGGGGAGCCGGGCCCUGAGGAGAGCGUUGCCCUUGCCAGACUCGGGCGAUGGGGCCGAGAGCCCGGGCCCCGGCGCGGGGAAGGUGAGCGCAGAUUCCGGCGGUAGGCGGGCUGCCAGCUCCCCUCGCCCCAGCAUCUCGCCCUCUGGAAGCCCGGGCCGCGAGGGCAAGGGCUCCCCGGGCCGGCGCCAGCAGCUUCCGAAGCAGCUGCGGCGUCGCGGGCGGUCUCGGAGGCAGCAAAGCGGUUGGUGGCGGCGGCGGCGGCGGCGGCGGCGGCGGCGGCUGGAGGGGCAGCAGCCGGAGCCGCGACAGCUGGAGCGGCGGCGGCGGCGGCGGCGGCGGCGGCGGCGGCGGGGCAGCUCCCCCGGGCCCGCUGUGGACCCUCCCGAGCGGGUGGCGUCCUGCGAGCGAUGCCCGGAGGCGCCAGAGCCCUCUCCGUCUCCCCUUCCCCCUCGCACACACCGAGCCCGGCAGCGGCGGAGGCGGCCGCGGCGGCGGCGGCGGCCAGGGGCCAUGGAGCUUGAGAACCUCUUGGCCAACACGCUGCUGCUGAAAGCGCGCCAAGGAGGAUAUGGCAAAAAAAGAGGUCGUAGUAAAAAAUGGAAGGAAAUGCUGAAGCUGCCCCCUGUCAGCCAGUGCAGCGAGCUUAGAUGUUCCAUUGAAAAGGAUUAUAACAGCCUUUGUGACAAGCAGCCAAUAGGAAGACUUCUCUUCAGGCAAUUCUGUGAUACAAGACAUGAUCUAAAGAUAUACAUCAAAUUCCUAGACGUAGUGGCAGAAUAUGAAGUGGCUGAUGACGAAGACCGCAGAAGUUACGGACUGUCCAUCUUAGACACGUUCUUCAGUGCUGCUGAGAAAUCGGCAGCCCCUUUACCAGAAAUACCUUCACGUGUUUUGAAAGAAUGUAGGUUGAGACUGAAGGAGAACCCCUCCAAGGACGUCUUUGAGGAGUGCACCAGAUUUGUUCAUAACUAUUUAAGUGGAGAACCAUUUGAAGAAUAUCAAGAAAGUUCAUAUUUUUCUCGAUUUCUACAGUGGAAAUGGCUGGAAAGGCAACCAAUAACAAAGGACACAUUUAGACAUUACAGAGUUCUAGGAAAAGGCGGAUUUGGGGAGGUCUGUGCCUGUCAAGUGCGAGCUACAGGAAAAAUGUACGCCUGUAAGAAGCUAGCAAAGAAAAGAAUAAAGAGGAGGAAAGGUGAAGCAAUGGCUCUAAAUGAGAAGAGGAUGCUGGAAAAAGUGAAUAGCAGAUUUGUAGUAACUUACAGCGGGUGUGUGCGGGAGAAGUGGGUGGUCUGGGGCCUGUUCCAGCUUGUCCUUGAGCGUCCCUGUGACACCUGUGCUUCGCUCGUCCUCGAGACUCACAUUCUGCCCACAGCUACUUCGCAGAUCUUGUGGCCCCGACAGGAGGUGGUGCCUGUGCCGUGGGGAGACCGUUACCACAGUGGCGUGGGUGUUGCUACAGGAAAUGUUUCUCUGCAGCUUCUUCUCUCCCUGGGCAUGGAACCAGCUUUUUGUUGUUGUCCCUUCCUUUGUAGAGACUUAAAGCCUGAGAAUAUCCUCCUCGAUGACAUUGGGCACAUCCGGAUCUCAGACCUGGGUUUAGCCGUGGAGGUCCCGGAGGGCCGGACCGUCCGAGGAAGAGUGGGGACCGUCGGCUACAUGGCUCCUGAAGUUAUCAAUAAUGAAAACUAUACGUUUAGUCCUGAUUGGUGGGGACUUGGCUGCCUGAUAUAUGAGAUGAUUCAGGGACAUUCUCCAUUCAAAAAGUUCAAAGAGAAGGUCAAGCGACAGGAAGUCGAGCGCAGAGUGAAGAAGGACACAGAGGAGUACUCCAGGAAGUUUUCCGAGGACGCCAAGUCCGUCUGCAGGAUGCCUCCGCGCCAGGCUGGCGCCACACGUCCUGCCCUUGCCCGGGAAACGACGCGACUGGGCUUCAGCCAACGGGACAAAGCAGAGCAGUCAUUGUUUGCUUUCUCCAAAGACGCACCUGACAGGGAAGGUGGGGCCAAGGUCAUCAUUUCCUGCAAAACUAAAGAUAAAGCAGCAUCUUCAUUACUCACCAAGAAUCCCAGACAACGGCUGGGCUUCAGCGGUGGAGCAGCGGAAGUGAAGGGACACCCCGUGUUCAAGGACAUUAACUUCAAGAAGCUGGAAGCAAAUAUGUUGGAUCCCCCUUUCUGUCCUGAUCCGAAGGCAGUGUAUUGUAGGGAUGUCGUGGAUAUCGACCAGUUCUCCACGGUGAGGGGAGUCUACCUGGACACCACGGACGAUACGUUCUACAGCCAAUUUGCCACAGGCUCUGUCUCCAUCCCCUGGCAGAACGAGAUGAUCGAAUCGGGUUGUUUCAAGGACAUCAACGAAAGUGACACUGGAGAAUGUGUGGCACUACAUCUACAAGAGACACUGUGCCACCCAGUUCCCAAAGCAAAGAGAGGCUUCUUCUAUAGACUCCUCAGAAGAGGGGGCUGCAUUAGCGGUGUCCCCAGCGACAAGGAAGAGCUGUCCUCAAUGGUGUGACCACUCACUGCAGAGCCGGGCCCCAGCGCCCAGGAGCACGAGCGCGGUGUUUGACCCCAUCUGUGAACAGCAAUAAACAUGUGACACCUCGUAAAA